AUGACCCCCACUCUUCGCACAGUCGCAACUUUUGAAGAAUUUUGCCUUGUAGUAGAUUGCCUUUGGGAAUCGUAUGCUGAUCCUUAUAACCCGUUUCUGGGUAUCAUUGUCCCGAUCAAAGAACCCACGGCCGAAGGAGUAGCUACUGCAGUCCAGGGGCUCAAGGAACGAUUCUGGGAAUCUCAUCAAGCAGAUAAAGAUAGUUUUUGGGUGUAUAUUGUUGAUGAAGAUGAUCAAGGAGAGGACGCUGGAAGGGUUUUGGUGGCAGCAAAUUGGUUAUUUCAUGAAAGUGGCGAAAAUGAAGGAAAUCAUGGCAACAAGAGUGAUGGAACGGGUAAUGCGGAGAAAAAGGGGGACAAUAGCCUUAUAUCUUUGUGGCCCGAAGGCGAAGCACGCGAAUUUGUAAAGGUGGUUCUUUUUCAAGUAUUUGGGAUGAGAGCGACAAGGAUGACAAGACCUCAUGCUCAACUCUCCAUGAUGUUUACCCUCCCCGACCACCGUGGUCGUGGUUACGGAUCUUCACUCAUGGAUUACGGAAUGUCCAAGAUCUCAGAUAUGGAUGUAGAAGCACUUGUAGAGGCAUCUGCUGGGGGGAUAUCUCUGUAUGAGAAAUAUGGUUUCCGAACCAUUCAUAAGGUGAUCGUAGAUACCACUUACAAGAACGGAAAACCAGGAUUCCUUUGGCGUAAAAUGGCGCACGAGUGUAGAGGAAAGACUACGUGGUGGAUGUGGAAACCGAAACCGAGUGAUGGAGUACUUUAUACGCCAGGAAUGGAGUUACCAUGGGAGAGGAAGUAAGAAAGUUUGGGUCGAUAGAUAUGGGGUGCUUUAAUGAAAAUAUAUUUGAAACCUGAAAAAUUGCAAGAGGGGAUUAUCAGGUCGAGGGAUCUGAGUAUUCUAUUGCUUUUCUUCAAGGGCACCCUAGAGACAGGGUGUGAAGUUGUAGAGUAGAAUUGGGCAACUUUGCUGCUUGGCAUCGAUACUGAAGAGAGGUUAAGGUUGUUAAAGUUGAAAGUAACUAUACAUAUUAAACU